CUUACCUAUACGGGGUUAUGUCAUAGCGGUAAAGAAAUGACCCGUAGGAGACAACCGUAGUCUGACGGAUGAGAAAGACAUAUAUAAGGACGUCAAGAGACCCUCGAGAUCUUAGUCCGCCUCAGACCCGCGUCAGGAGACGUUGAGACGUUGAAACGGAAACAGCCUAAUCCACCAUCACCAUGUGUGACGAAGAUACAACAGCUCUCGUCUGCGACAAUGGUUCCGGCAUGGUCAAGGCUGGCUUCGCUGGUGACGACGCUCCCCGCGCCGUCUUCCCCUCCAUCGUCGGCCGUCCUCGUCACCAGGGUGUGAUGGUCGGUAUGGGUCAGAAGGACGCCUACGUCGGUGAUGAGGCCCAGAGCAAGAGAGGUAUCCUGACUCUCAAGUACCCCAUCGAACACGGCAUCAUCACCAACUGGGACGACAUGGAGAAGAUCUGGCAUCACUCUUUCUACAACGAGCUGCGUGUUGCCCCUGAGGAGUCCCCAGUCCUUCUGACGGAGGCUCCCCUCAACCCCAAGGCCAACCGUGAGAAGAUGACACAGAUCAUGUUCGAGACCUUCAACACCCCCGCCAUGUACGUGGCCAUCCAGGCCGUGCUGUCCCUGUACGCCUCAGGUCGUACCACAGGUAUCGUGCUGGACUCCGGUGAUGGUGUUACUCACACUGUCCCCAUAUACGAGGGUUAUGCUCUUCCCCACGCUAUCCUUCGUCUUGACCUGGCUGGCCGUGACUUGACUGCCUAUCUGAUGAAGAUCAUGACUGAGCGUGGAUAUUCCUUCACCACCACAGCUGAACGAGAAAUCGUCCGUGAUAUCAAAGAAAAACUUUGCUAUGUCGCCCUCGACUUUGAGAGUGAGAUGAAUGUUGCCGCUGCAUCAACUUCACUCGAGAAGUCCUACGAACUCCCCGACGGUCAGGUUAUAACCAUUGGUAAUGAACGUUUCAGGUGUCCAGAAGCUCUCUUCCAGCCUUCCUUCCUGGGUAUGGAAUCAGUUGGUAUCCACGAGACUGUCUUUAAUUCCAUCAUGAGGUGUGACAUUGAUAUCAGGAAGGACCUGUUCGCCAACAAUGUUUUGUCUGGUGGUACCACCAUGUACCCUGGUAUUGCUGACCGCAUGCAGAAGGAAAUUACAUCACUUGCUCCAUCCACCAUCAAGAUCAAGAUCAUUGCUCCUCCCGAGCGUAAGUACUCCGUCUGGAUUGGUGGCUCUAUCCUGGCCUCUCUGUCCACAUUCCAAUGCAUGUGGAUCACCAAGGAGGAAUACGAGGAGUCCGGACCUGGCAUUGUUCAUCGUAAGUGCUUCUAAAGGAACAAGUGAUCACACUGGAUCAU